AUGAAGGCUCCUAACAGAAGAGUGUCCCUGGAACCAGCAGCAGCCCCAGACGGGGGCUAUGGCUGGUUCAUCCUGCUCUCUUGCUUUCUUGUCUUUGGUCUGACCUUUGGAGUGAUUAAGGCCUUUGGUUUUGGCUAUGCACUGACCUGGACCCCCACAGUGACCAUGGUGGGCAUGUACUUUGAGAAGAGGCGUCCAGUGGCAAACGCAUUGGCCAGUUCCGGAGAAUGCAUUUUCACUUUUGUCCUCACGCCUCUUUUCCAGCUGUUGAUUGACAGCUUCUCCUGGAGGGGUGCUUUGCUUAUCUUGGGGGGGCUGCAGCUUAACCUGUGUGUGUGCGGUAUGUUGCUGAGGCCUUUGAAAGCCACCAGAACUGUUACAUCUGUCAGUGAGGUCACAGCAGAGGAGGAAGGCUUGUCCCAGAAACUGCUCCAAAAAGAGGACUCGAACGAGAUCAAACCAAUGUCUGAAAAAGAGAAAGAACUGAACACCUCUGAAGGGUCUGAUCAGGAAGCAGCUCAAUCGUUUCUUGAAGACCCUAAUGAGAAACCUAAUAGAAGGACUUUAAAGAACACAAAGCUAAGGACCAAAAUCCGUCAGUAUGUAGAUUAUACCCUCAUCAAAAAUGCCCCAUUCAUGGUCUACUCUAUGUUCGGGGUGUUUGCUGCCCUUGGUUUCUUCGCCCCAUCUCUGUUCCUGGUUCCAUACGCUCGCAGUAAGGGGAUCGAGGAGUACCAGGCAGCUGCGCUCAUGUCAAUCUCCGCAGUGCUGGACCUCUUCGGAAGAGUGUUCUUCGGCUGGGUGGCAAACCUGAGACUUGUGGAGACGCUGGUUGCCUUCAGCGCAGCCCAUGGGCUGGUUUACGGCGCCACAGUUGCCAUCCACAUCACCGUGCUGCCGGAGGUGGUGGGCGUUGAAAAACUGGGGAGUGCACUGGGGUUUUUCAUGCUCAUACGCAGCAGCGGAGGUCUGCUCGGGCCCCCCAUAGCUGGAUUCUUCAUUGAUAAGAUGGACAAUUAUGGGACGGGUUUCCUCAUGUCCGGAGUGGCUCUUAUCGUCUCGGCUUUGUUCUUGCUCAUCCUCCAUCAGAUGAACCGAAGAGCCCGCGUUCCAGUCCCCAAGAGCCAGAGUAUGCAGAUGGACACAGUGGACCCAAGUCUCAGAGUUGAAGAAAAAGAGGCAGAGAUGACAUGAAAGAUCUCUGUAGUGACAACAUGCCAGUUUAAAAUGGACAAAACAUGGACAGAGGCGUUUAAAUGAGGCAUGAUCUGCCGGAUAAAUAUGGGAUUUUCAUACCUGUCUACAGAUGUCCAAAGUCUUUGGAGCACCUCUUUCAAUCACCUACAUCACACAACGUAUUCUGAAAUCUCACAAACUUUUCUUCAUCAUCACUUUUGAAAUACCAAAGUAGUGUGAGCAGAUGUUUCUCUGUUGAGUGCCACAGAUUUACACUGAUAAGCACUGAAUCUGUUCCUCCUCGUGUCCCAAAAAGCAUCUGGCAGCUCACAGUUAAAACAUCUUAUGCUACCCUGGAAAGUCUUGAGUGUGUGUUAGAAUCCAUCUUUCAGCCUCUGGGGUGGGUGGGUUGGUCUUUCUGCCAACCGGUCCCGUCAGACGGAUGUCCAGGGAGUUCGGUGGCCUGAUUUUUGUGUCGUUUGCGUCUUUUAGGAGACUUCUAUUCAACGCUGAAGUUGACUGCUCUGCACCAGCAUUUCACAGACAUUAAAAAAAACUGCUCUCACUAAACAUGCUGCAAUCAUAGGAUUUUAGAUCCUGCUGAUGUAAUAUGUGUCAUAAAUGUGACAAUCAAAAAGUAAAUAUCGACAUUUUACACAAAAAACUCAAGCAUUUGUUUUACAUCUGUUGAAUUAAAAAUACCGUAAUGUCAUUUUUUUUUCUCUGCUUUCGAGUGCUGAGUUGCCAGAUUAAAUUUGUGUCUUUGGCUCCACCCAGAGCAACACCAGCAGCACUACAUUUUGCAGCCUUAUUCCCAACAGGGCACGACUGCUUCACAUCUAUGGAACAGUGAACAGAGCAAUUAUUUUUAAAAGCCACAUCGUUCAGCAUGAGUGUAAUUUAUGUAUAUUUUUUGUACCAUUUAGAGUGUAAAGAGCUAAAGAGAACCAGCCGGACAAAGUUCUUCCAGCCUUGAGCCCUCAUUGAUAUACUGAUGCCAAAAAGAAAACUAAGAAAACUAUGGGUGAACAGCAGGAAAGAUCAGACCAAAUAAAAGCCAAUUUGUGGCUGGUGAACGCCUCCAGAAAGAAAUAUGAUUCCAGUGAGGAUAACUGGAACUGACAUUUCAUAUUUGUAUCUUCAUUACAAAUUUCAAUGCUUCAAACUUUAAAUAAAUAAAUAAGCACAUGUGAACCCUUUUGAAUGUUAAUCGGUGAGCUAAAUUUCAAGCAGAAUUCUUAAGAAGCAGUUUAUGUUUGGAUGUAAUUUGUCAUGUUAUCAGCCCGUGUUAGACCCAAAGAACUUUUAAAAA